AUGGCUAGCCAUCCUGUGGGGAAGAGUCUUUUCUUGGGAAGCUUUGUCCAUUGCAAAAGUUUAGAUAAGAUCGAGACUUUCCAUGAUACUGCUGUCUUUGUCGAUGAGAAAGGGGUUAUUGUCGCUAUAGAGCCGCAGUGUGACGAAAAGAAGGCUACAGAGAGUCUUUUCCCCAAGCUAUGCUGGAAGAGCGGAGAUGUCACAAUACGGAGCACGAAACCGGGACAGUUCUUCUUCCCAGGAUUCAUAGAUACACACAUCCACGCCUCUCAAUUCCCCAAUGCCGGGAUAUUCGGCAAAACCACUCUCCUCGAGUGGCUGAACACGUACACCUUUCCCAUGGAGCGCAGCCUCGCUGAUCUCUCCAGGGCAACGAGAGUGUACACUCGUUGCAUCCAAAGGACUCUCUCCCACGGCACCACAACCGCCUCCUACUACGCUACCGUCUCGGUGCCCGCUACCAAUUUGCUAGCGGACCUCUGCCUCUCCCAUGGCCAGCGUGCCUUCAUCGGCCGCUGCUGCAUGGACACACUCUCCCCAGAAGACUACCGCGAUGAAUCCCCCGAGUCCGGAGUUGAAGACACGCGCAAGACAAUUGCGCACAUUGCAGAAAUUGACCCGGGAAAUCAACUCAUCACGCCCAUCAUCACCCCGCGCUUUGCACCCAGUUGCAGUAGCGAGUUGAUGAGCGGACUCGGCGCUCUACAUAAAGAGACGAAUCUCCCCAUCCAAACGCACAUCUCAGAGAACCAUAACGAGAUUGCCAUGGUGAAGGAGUUAUUCCCCGAACAUGCUCAUUACACGGCUGUAUACGACGACCAUGGCUUGCUAACACCAAAGACUAUCCUAGCCCAUGCCGUGCAUAUAUCUGAAGAAGAAGCCGAUCUGAUCAAGAAACGAGAGGCGAAGAUAAGCCAUUGUCCGGCCUCAAACUCCGCCAUCACGUCUGGUGCGGCGAGGGUGAGGUGGAUGUUGAACAAGGGAAUUGAAGUUGGCCUAGGUACUGAUAUGAGUGGUGGGUAUAGUCCUAGCAUCCUGGAAGCCGCACGGCAGGCUAGUCUUGUUAGUAGACAUGUAGCUAUGACUGGGGAUGAUGCUGCCAAGCUAAGCAUCGAAGAAAUUCUCUAUCUUGCUACUAAAGGGGGGGCGAAGGUUGUUGGGCUGGGGGACCGGAUUGGGGGGUUUGAGACGGGCAUGGAGUGGGAUGCGCAGCUUAUUGGUAUGGGCUCUGUAGACGAGGUGGGAGGGAUGAAGGAGGAGGAAGGCCCAGUGGAUAUUUUUGGGUGGGAAAGUUGGGAUAAUUGUAUUGAGAAGUGGGUAUUUAACGGAGAUGAUAGAAAUACGCGGGCCGUGUGGGUUAAGGGGAGGUUAGUCCACGAACGGAAUGGAUGCAAAUAG